UUCCUUAAGCUUUCUAGUGCUUCAAUGCAGAUAGCUCCAUUUGACCCUUCAAAGAAGAAGAAGAAAAAGAAACCAGUGGCUCAGGAACUAGCUGAAGAAGAUUCUGUUGAUACCCUAGCUGAGAAAACUGAGAACUUGUCCGUUUCUGAUGGUCUUGAAACCUCAUUUGCUGGUCUAAAAAAGAAAAAGAAGAAACCUGCACAUACUGAUCUGAAUGAAGAGAAAGAAACUGUGGGAGAAGAUGUGGAUGAUACAAUUGGAGAGGAUGGGGAAGGAGAAGGAAUUGUUUUGCAACAAUAUCCAUGGGAAGGAAGCGAUCGGGAUUAUGAAUAUGAGGAGGUACUUGAGACUCACUUUGAAGUGAACCAUCCCCUUUGUUCUGUCUUAUCAGUUUUCUGUUUUUGCUCUUAAUCCGCCAUUCCAUGA